UGCCUAACUAUCACAGCCUUAGUAAUAAGACAAAAAAAGAUGAUAAAAAACAAGAUAAGAAAGAAAUAAAAAGGCUAAACAAAAAGGAAAAGAAAAAGAUCAAAAAACUGGAAGAAGAAAAGAAAAGGGAAGAACAAUUGAAGAAAAAGAAUGAAGAAGAUAUUAAAAUAGUUGAUGAAAUGAUAAGAAAAAAUAUGAAAAAACUUGAGAAAAUUGAAAAAGAAUUAUCGAAAAUUGAUAUUUUGGAGAAACAAACAAAAGAGAAAGCUUUAGAUAACCAAGCAUCAAUGGACGAUAAUAAGGUGAAGUAAUCCGAUACCGGUAGUACCAAAAAGUACCGCGAUAGUACCGAACCGUCCGAACACUAGUAACAAUUACUGAUACCCAUACCUAAAUGUUUAUUCGAUUAGAAAAGCUCGAGAGAAUCUUUACACAAAGAUUUAAUUGUGUCAACAAAACUAAACAAAUAACAUCAAAAAAUGAGUCUCCAGAAUUAAUUAAUAAGCCAGAAAAAAGUGAAGAUGAACAGAGAAUAAAGAAUUUUAUUGAAGAUAAAAAUUUGUUUGAAAUUUUUAAUACAUUUAAUAAAGGAAAAACUCAAAUUUCAAGGAAAUUAUUGAAUAUUUGUAUUUUUGCAAAUGAGAUUGGAAAGCGUUUUGAAUUUUUUGAGAAGCUUAAAUUAAACAAUAAAUUAGUUUUUGGUGUGUAUUUUGAGGAGGAAAAAUUUUUGGAAAUUGAAAAAAAUUGGAAAGAAAUUAAAGAAAAAUCCUUGAAGGAUAUUAACGAAAAUGAAAUUGAAGAAGAUUUGAAAAUUUUAUUAAUUAAUUUAUUACCUUUAUCUGAAAGAAACGAAAUUCUAGAGAAAGAUUUGGGUAGUAAAUUGAAAGAAAAAUUGUAUUUUCAAAAAAUUAGUGAAUAUUUUAUUUACACAAAGGAGCAAAAUAUGAAUGGAAAAUUAACCAAAAAUCAGAGAAAUUUCGCUCAGGAAAUGUUAAAUAUAACUGAAAAACAAUUAAAUGGAAAGAUUGAGAAUAUUGAAACACACAUUAAUAAAUUAAUAAAGCUAAAGGAACAAAUUGGAAUAGGUAAGUAA